AUGCCUGGAGAAAUACUCACCAUAAGCGCAGGCCAAUGUGGUAAUCAAGUGGGAGAACAAUAUUGGAAUCAACUCUGCAAAGAACAUGGUAUAUCAUCUAAUGGAACAUUGGAAACUGACGAGUCUACAAAUGGGAUACCACAAGUCUUCUUUAGAAAAUCAGGCAAUAGCAGAUUUACCCCAAGAGCUUUAUUGAUCGAUAUGGAACCAAGUGUAGUUAAUGGUGUAAGGUCUAGAAAUGAUAAUCUAUUCAAUCCAAGAAAUUGCUACAUAUCCCCCGAGGGAAGGGGUGCAGGAAAUAUAUGGACACAAGGGUUUGAGCAUGCUACUAGGCAUGUGGAUGAAUUUCUGGAUAUGAUUGAUAAGGAAUUGGAUUUCUGUGAUUCUCUGGAAAGUUUCCAAUUAAUUCAUUCCGUUUCUGGAGGAACAGGGUCAGGACUAGGAUCUUUUCUCUUGGAAACUCUAUCGGACAGAUAUAGCAAAAAAUUACUACAAACUCACUCCAUAUUCCCAGAUACAAAGACUUCAGAUGUUGUUGUACAACCUUACAAUGUUGUCUUGACGUUGAAACGAUUGAUACAGGAAGCGGAUGCCACCAUGGUCUUUGAUAAUCCUGCACUGAUGUCGAUAGCUAACAGCAACCUAGAUAUCGAUGAUGUUUCGAUCAAAGAGACUAAUCAGUUAAUUUCAACCGUUAUUUCAACUCUAUCGUCCACGAUAAGAUUCCCAAGCUACUCAUACAAUUCGACAACAAGCAUCCUUUCCACCCUAAUACCGACACCCGAUUUGCACUUUUUAAUACCAUCGUACACGCCGUUUACACAAGAUUUUAUUAGCCAUCCCAAACAAUUUCGCAAAACUACCGGGUAUGAUAUCAUUCUGGAAUUAUUGGACCCAAAAUUACAAAUGAUUAGGUCAAGAAACACAACAAACAACAUGAACCUUUCCGUUCUAGAUUUCAUCCGCGGAGAUGUCAAGGCCACCGACGUUCAAAAGGCGUUAGUAAAAGCACAACAAAGGAUACAGUUUGUGCCGUGGACUGGGUCGACCAUUCAUCUUGCUUUGGCAGCGAGACCACCUAAAUUUCAAAACACGAAUGUUACCGGAAUGAUGGUGAAGAAUUCCACAGAGAUAACGGGCCUUUUUGAAUCAUUGUUGUCAAACUAUAAUAGACUUAGGGCUAAGAAUGCUUUUAUAGCAAACUACGAGGAGUCUGCUCUUGAGCUUAAUAUGGAUAUUAAGGAAGAGCUCGAUGAGAGUUACCAGUUGGUUUUGAACCUCAUCGAUGAAUACAGUGCCAGCAAGACGAUGUCAUACGUGGAAGAUUCUGAUGUAGAUAAUCCAGAUGACGAUCUGAAUAUAGAGUAA